AUGGCUCCUACCAAGCAUCCUUCGGCUUGGAGGCUGAACAAGGCCGAACAGGCCACUGUGGAGGAUGACCUUCGUACUUGGGAGGCCAGUUUGUCUGCAGAUGUGAGCCUGGAAGAAAAGAGUCGUCUGCGAGAAGAUGAACGGAAGCGUCUGACGCGUCUUGUGCAGCAAGCCAAGCAUGACCAGAGCUUGGUAAAGCAGUCGAAGGCGGGAGCGAAGAACAAGGCCAAGGCUAAAGCUGCACCGUCAGACCUUCCUGAGGCCGAAGCAGCUGGCGGAGCGCCUGAUCCUGGCUGCAACCAGGACUACUACGAGCGCUUGAAGCAAGACUUGGCUGUCAUCUACAAGGAGCUUGGCGCCGACCUGACAGAGAUCCAGCCCACGCCCAUCGCCGCCAAGGUCGGUGAGAAGUCUGGCAUUCAGGACGGAUGCGCCACAUGUUUCACACAGUUUUCUGAUGUGUACGACCUGUCGAAAGCGCAAGUGGCACUUCAGUGUCAUGGCAGCUACAUUUCUUCCUGCAACCUCUUCUGGCUGGACUGCUGGAAGAACCCAGCACCAGGAGUACCUCUCAACCGUGUCCGAGUUUCUCAACUUGCCGAUUUCUACUUUCCUGAAGGUCGGCAGAACAAUUUCUUCCACAAACUGUUGGAAGUACAAGUGGACUCUUCAGGCCUCACCGACAAGCCCUCUGGACUCGUGGUCAUCACCCCGUUGGAAAUUUGUCACGCGAUCUUCUUGAAAGCUGCUGCCGACCUGAGCAAGCCUGGUACCACAGCAGCCUGCAAAGCGGCUUGGAAAGAAGCCUUGAUGCUAGAAGCCGAUGUGUGGGUGCAUGCCUUGAACAAAAGGCAGCUCGUUCAGCAAGAGCACGAGUCUUUGACUCGCACCGCUUGGCAGAAUGCGGCUGAGCUCUACCACCUUCAGGCGCUGAUGGAAAAGCUGGAGGGGCGCAAGCUGUCUGACCAGGAAGUGGUGCAGCUCCUGAAGAAUAAGCAUUUGAUGACCGCGCAGAAAGGCACUGGUCACUCGGCCGUUGAUGCUUCCAACUAUUGCGAAUGGAACUUCACUGCCGCCAAGACCAUUGUGACAAAGCUGCAAUCGGACCAAGUCAUCACCGAGAUUGUGAACAAGCAGGAGAAUUUGAAGGGCUCCGACAGUUGCUUCAACAGCUUGGUGAAGUUGGAAAAGCUAGCCCAGCGUCCCAGUUGUUUGGCUUCCCGCCGGUUCAUCUUCCAGCUGAUCGCCGAUUUGCUCUGCCACGGCGUCAUCCGAGAUGAUGACUUGAGCAAGAAAGAUAUGAUCGGAUCCGCCAACAACCCGGGCACAAUCCACCUCUACGAGUUCAAGUGGCGCUGCCUAUCGUACAUCUUGGACAUCAUGAGUGUCCAAGCGAAGCUGAAGGAUGCCGACCGAGUCCUUCUGAAGGAGCAUUUGCGUGACCCAGUCGAAACCAGAUCCAACACUGUGGACAAUAUCGGUUGGCAAGGCUCCUUGACCAAGUCCUCCCUGGAAGCCCUGACCUUCAUCCAGGACGUCGUCUGCCUGAAGCAAUACGACAACAUCCUCAGGCAGGGCGCGAAGCCAAACUCCCACCCUGAAAUCCUCAAUGAGAUGGAGACGAUCCAAGAGGCUUGGACGAGAGUCGUCGCGUUGCAAGCUAUGGAGCUCGUCGACGAAGACGGGGAGGGAACCGCUGCUGAAGCAGAGACUGCCGACGGCCUGCUGAAGUUGGCGCGAAAGACGCCCAACGCUCUUCCCAAAGGAUCGCCGCAAUACUGGAAGGCCAUUGCGAACCAGACUGUCCGCAUGUACUGCGCAUUUGUGACGGAAGCAAACAGUGCUGCCGGCAUGACUGCCGCGGUGGAGAAGGAGAACUUACCACGAGGAGAAGCCGGCAAAAGCUGCAUCCUGUGCCACCUGGACACCCGCCUGCUGGGUGAAAGCACAGGUCCGGGGUGCCAAGAUGGCCUGCGCAAAGUGUGGAGGCCAGACGAAACUCUCGUCCAGAAGCUGCUUGGAUCAACUUUGAUUGGCUUGGGCGCGCAGCAGGACAAGAGUGGGAAGUGCACUUGCCCUGGAGAAGCAGUCCUGGCGGCAGUUUUCGACCCGUUGAACAUUUUGCCCAAAGGCUUCCUGAAAGACAGCAGCUCACAAACGAUGUGGUUGUGCUUCAACGAGGUGGGAACUAAUUUUGGAAAGUUUGAAACCCGCUGUAGUUUAGAGUCAGACUGUCAUUUCGUCAUUGUCGACCACAUUCUGCCAGGAAAGCAUUCGUAA